CUUCAUCGUCUUGAGAGAGAUUGAUUUCUCAGCGUUCUGGGGAAACUUGUUGCGUUUGAAAUUCGUGGUUCGUGAUGGCCUUACGUUUAAUCUCAGCCUGAAAUUUCGAGACUUGUGCUGUUUUUGAUUCAGUGAAUCGACGAAAUCUGUGAUUUAAAGUGAAAUUGGUUGAAGUAUGAAUGCGAAUCACAACGACGGUUAUCAUAAUCUCUGGACCAAUGGACUUAUCUGUGCUUUCGAGUUUUGUCAAGGUCGUCGUAAGAACACCACAAGUGUUCACGGAGAUUCGUCAGAGAACUCACUCAGAAUAAAGAAACAGGAAUUUGGUGCUGGUGAAGAAGAAGAACACUCGCGGAGUUAUUGGCGAGGAAUUGGAUGGGAUAGGAUCUCUGAGCUUGUUAAGACUGUGCAGGUUGAUAAUACCUGGGAAUUGCGAAAUAUUGACUUAGAUGAGGAUGAAGCCACUGUUGCUGAGCUUGCUGCUCCUUACUGGGAACGACCACUUGCAGGUCCAACUUGGUGGUGUCAUGUUGAUGCUAGCCAUCAAGGUAUUGCCUCGUGGUUACGUAAUGCGCAGUGAUUACAUCCGGCUGUAAACCUUGCUCUUCGGGACGAAAGCAAGCUGAUUAGUGAGCGAAUGAAACAUAUUUUCUACGAGGUGCCUGUCAGAGUUGCUGGUGGGUUGCUGUUUGAGCUGUUGGGACAAUCAGCCGGUGAUCCUUUUAUCCAAGAAGAUGACAUACCUAUUGUCUUAAGGUCAUGGCAAGCACAGAAUUUUCUGGUGACUGCAUUGCACGUCAAAGGCUUUGCCUUGAACAUUAGUGUGUUAGGUAUUACACAAGUCCAGGAAAUACUUAUUGCUGGUGGAGCCUGCAUUCCGAGAACCGUUCAUGAACUAAUAGCACAUCUUGCUUGCCGCCUUGCACGCUGGGAUGAUAGGCUAUUCCGGAAAUAUGUAUUUGGUGCAGCUGAUGAAGUUGAGUUGAUGUUUAUGAACAAGAGACUGUACGAGGAUUUAAAUCUGUUCACUACAAUCUUGAAUCGAGAGAUCAGAAGGCUCUCGACCCAGGUUAUACGGGUGAAAUGGUCUCUUCACGCUAGAGAAGAGAUUGUGUUCGAGCUUCUUCAGAAACUUAAAGGCAAUAGAACAAAAGACUUGCUAGAAGGAAUAAAAAAGAGCACCCGCGAUAUGAUCAAUGAGCAAGAAGCCGUUCGUGGUCGGUUAUUCACUAUCCAAGACGUCAUGCAAAACACGGUUCGAGCAUGGUUACAGGACCGGAGCCUCACAGUCACACACAACCUAGGAAUCUUUGGAGGAGUCGGUCUUUUGCUUACAAUAGUGACCGGUCUAUUCGGAAUCAACGUAGAUGGGAUACCAGGAGCUAAAGAUUUUCCACACGCCUUUGUGCUUUUCUCAGCGGUUCUCUUCUUCUCUGGUUUGGUGUUAGUGGUUGCUGCUUUACUCUACCUUGGACUCAAGGAGCCAGUGGCAGAAGAAAAUGUGGAGACUAGGAAACUAGAGCUUGACGAAAUGGUAAAGAAGUUUCAACGAGAAGCUGAGUCUCACGCUCAGGUCUGCAAAAAAGUUCCUCAGAACAGAGAACGUACGACUAGUAGUAGUAGAAUGAUAGUCCAUGACCCGAAUGGUUACGUUCUCUUGGAAUGAAAUCAAUCCGGUUUAUGAUUGUAAAUUGUAAAUUGCAACGAAGGAGGUUAGUCUUUGGAUAGUAUUUCAACAACCUCUUUUCAUUGUCAUGCAAGUAAAGAUUCCCAUUCUUAGAAACCGCCACGGGCCUAAAAUGGACAUUACGCGGAUAAGGGGAAAGGUCUCGAAACCUGGACUAGCAAUGGUAGCCUGAUGUUAACCGCGUCUGUUGUAUGAAUCAAGUUCUCAGAAUCUGCUCCAUAAACUGGUUCUGCAUUAGGAGGAGCCAACAUUGGCUGCAACAACCCACAAAGUAAAUGGAACACAAUUUAAAAGCUUGCGUGAAGAAUUCCAGAGAUAGUAGAGGCUUCAAAGAAGACAAAGCUUGCUUUUCUUCGUCUUUCAUGGUGUUCUGCACUGAGAGUUGAAGGAGCUGUAGGAUUGCAGGUCCAAAGAUGGAUCCUUUGACCUCUUGCAAGGAUUAAGAGAACUUGUUUGUAAGUGUUGUACCGGCCGUUGAAUAUGUAUUUGUUGUUUAUUAUUGAUUCUAAA